AACUAAAGUAGUGUUCGUACCCAGAAUCCAGAAGGUAAAGGAAGAAAACUAAACAUGUGUUUGUGGCUCAAAAUUAACAGGAAUAAGUUUCCAACGACAGUUGAAGAAUCUCCACAAAGCAAGCUAGAGUUAGGGUUUCAGCUCAAAUACCUUUCUUUCUUUCAUUCUUUCACCCUCACUUCCUCAUCUCUUUGAUCUACCUUCUGAUCUUCUACACAGUACUUACUAGCUAGCUAUUGAGGAUCUGGAUCGAGAUGGUGAGGGGAAAGACUGAGAUGAAGAGAAUAGAGAAUGAAUGUAACCGAAAAGUGACGUUUUCAAAGCGCAGAAAUGGUCUUUUAAAGAAAGCUCAUGAGUUAUCUGUUCUCUGUGAUGCACAAGUUGGUGUCAUAAUAUUCUCCCAAAAGGGAACCUUAUUUGAGUUCUCAUCAACUUCUUCUCACAUUUCAAAGAUAUUGGAACGCUACCAGGAAUAUACCGGAGAGUUUCCACACAACAAGUUAAGAGAGGAUUAUAUCCAGAAACUCAAGUUUGACUCCGCAAGCAUGGAAGAAAAAAUUGAGAUUCUUGAACUGUCUAGAAGGAAGAUGCUGGGACACUGCUUGAGUUCUUCUUCUUUUGAUGAAAUCCAACAAAUGGAGGACAAGCUCCAUACAAGUUUGCAAUGCAUCCGUGUGAGAAAGACUCAACUAUUUAAGGAGCAAAUCGAGCAACUACAGAGCAAGGAGAGAAACUUGCUCAAAGAAAAUGCCCGAUUAAGUGCAAUGUGCAUGGAAAAACCAUCGAAGCACAGAGAAGAGGAAGCAACAGAAACAACUCAUCACACUUUGGAGGUGGAGACUGAUCUAUUUAUUGGGCUUCCAAAGCAGUGUGCUGAUCAUAAUCAAAUAUAUACAUAGUAUUAUUAGCACUUCCCAUUUAUUUUUUUUCAAUGCUGAUCCUACUAGAUAGGCUUCUUUAAUUACUUCUUGUUGUUGGAAUAAUGAUGAUGAACGGACUGAAAACAUUAAUAAUGGAGUCAAGCAUAUAUACAUUAAUAAUAAUGAUGAUGAUGGU